AUGGCGACGUGGACAAUUCAUCUAGAAGGCGGACCUCGCCGAGUGAACCACGCAGCCGUGGCAAUAGGAUCCAAAGUGAGUUUCCUGAGCAUUUCAUGAAGCUCGUCGCUCUUCCGCCACAUAAACAGCUGCUCCCUCGCCGUUUCCUAUCAGAAAAAAGACGAAGAGUCAGCUGGCGGGAAAAUUGACGUGAUUCCACUCUGAUAACCUUUUUGACAUCGAAAGAACUUUUGAAAGGACAAAAACGCAAUUUGUUGUCUAGACGUCUGCAAAAAUCUCAAAUUUUGAUUUCCGAUAAUUCGAUAAAGUAAUUCCCUUCAGAUCUAUUCGUUCGGCGGAUACUGCAGCGGCGACGUGAUCGACGACAAAGAUCCGCUCGAUGUGCACGUGUUGGACACCGGUGAGUGCUUCGAAAUGUGUAUCUUCUAGUGCGAAUCGGAAUUUCCGAAUUCAACAACUCAAAAAUCUGCUGAAACGGCCUUGUUCGGCCUCACGAUUCGCGAAAAAGGUCAGACAGAUUUGACCGGGAGAUUGGCAAUGAACAGAGAACACGUUUCGCAUUUUCGACCGAUGAUCUCUGAAAUUUCUUAUCAGUUGCCUCUCAAAACAUUUUUUUUUUCAGAAAACUUGAGAUGGAUGAAAUUGACGCCCGGAAUCGUUCAUCAAAACCGCGUUUACUCACAAUCAGAGCUGUUCGAGACGGGCGACGUCACAAAGCUGAGCGGCGCGGUUCCGUUCCAACGAUACGGCCAUUCGGUGGUCGCGCACAACGGAAAAGCGUACGUUUGGGGCGGACGCAACGAUGAUUACGGUGCCUGCAAUCUAUUGCACGAGUACGAUCCAGGUGAUUUUCAGUUUUUAGUCAGUACUGACCUCUCAUUGAUUGAAUGUUGCAGAGAACAAUGUGUGGCGUAAAUUGGAAAUCUGCGGAUUCAAUCCGGCGUCUCGAGAUGGCCAUACGGCCGUUGUCUGGAAUCAGAAGAUGUACGUGUUCGGCGGAUUCGAAGAGGACACGCAGCGGUUCAGUCAGGAGACGUACGUCUUCGAUUUCACAUGCAAUCGGUGGAAGGAAAUGGCGACGAAAGUGAGUGACCGAGCAUUUGGAGCCGGUCAGAAACCACAAACAAUUGCAGGGAAAGCUUCCGAUGUGGCGCGACUUCCACACGGCGUCCAUCAUCGACGGCGUCAUGUACAUCUUCGGCGGAAGGAGUGAUCAUACCGGUCAGGUCGGUAAUCAGCACUUGGUAUGUGUGCAGUGAUCGUUUCGUUGGAUUCCGAGAAUCCCGCCCGAUUCUUUCGGUUUCGCUCGUUUCUAACGCUUAUUUUUGAAGUUAAUUGUGGUCGUGUUUGCAUGUUCUAACAGUCAUUUAAAACGCUAAUUCCUGUUUUCUUCCUACUUCUUCCUACAUCAUAACCGUUUCAGUUUCACACAAGUCACGACGUCUACGAUGACCGUCUUUCGUCGCUGAACCUGACGACGGGCGUUUGGACUGAACUCAAUGUGGCCGGCAUUCGGCCGGGAGGACGACGAAGCCAUUCGACGUGGGUGCAUGGAGGAAAGAUGUACCUGUUCGGAGGAUAUCUCGGAUCCCGCAACGUUCAUUACAACGAGCUCUACAGUUUCGACCCGAGCACGAUGGUGUGGUCCCUCGCAGCGGUUCGUUCUUGGCUUGCCACUUUUCCCGCGUAAUCCGCUGAUUCCAGGUGCGCGGCAAGUACCCACUACCUCGUCGGCGUCAUUGUUCGGCGGUCGUCAACGGAAAAGUGUAUUUGUUCGGCGGAACGAUGCCAAAUCCGUUAGCUUGCCAUGCUCAAGUCAACGCUGGAACUCCUGGCGUCAACGCACUCGCUGACCUCUGUGAUCUCCACGUUCUCGACUUUUGUUAGUUUUCACUCACUUCUUCCUAGCCUCAACUCUUUCUUUCUGUUUCCAGCGCCGUCACUCAAACAGCUGGCAAUGGGAACUGUGAUCAACGAGCUCAAAGUUCCUUCCAACAACAUGUUCGACGCGCUCCAAAAGGAGAUUCCCACGGACAUCCGCUUCGAAUUGUACUGCCAAGUUACUCCGAACUGCGUGGCGAAUCCCGUGGCCGGCCGGCACGAUCAAUCCGGAUAA